AUGUUGAAAAGUCAGCUACAUCAGUUAUGUAAACGCCAAUUUUCAUCAACUACGUCCUUAUUGCGACGAGUUAUUCAUCAUCAAGCAGCUGCUCCAAUCCAUCAACUGGCCGUCACUGCAAGAAAAACUGCAGAAUCAGCUGUUAUAGGUGAAGAGGUUCACGAUCGUUAUAAUAUCUUGUUUUUCUGCAAUUCCAAUAAUUCAUUAACUCAACGUGCUUACCUUGAAUUAACCACUCGUGGCCAUCGUGUCGAAAUUGUUGAAAAUCCAAGUCCAGAUACGAUGAUAGAAUGCGCUGAACGUGAAAAUCCCGAUAUUAUCAUUUGCCCAUUUUUGACGAAGCGCAUACCACCACAGUUAUAUGAUGAACCAUCUGCUCGAUCCACACCUUGCUGGAUUGUUCAUCCCGGCAUUGUUGGCGAUCGUGGGAUACACUCAAUCGAUUGGGCAUUACAUGAUCAAUUGCCGGAAUGGGGAGUAACUGUAUUACAAGCGGCCGACGAAAUAGAUGCUGGUGAUGUUUCAAGUACAGCUACAUUCCCAAUAAAGCGACAAGCUACCAAAUCGAGCUUAUAUCAAAAUGAAAUUGUUCAAGCUGCUGUACGAGCUUUAUUACAAGCUGUUGACCAAUUCCGUCUUGAAAUACCACCGAGACCAUUAGAUUAUGAUCAACCGGAUGUCAAGGGAUCUUUUCGUGCCAAAAUGGCGUGGAAUGAUCGACUUGUCGAUUGGAAAACUAUGUCCGCUCAUAAGAUUGCUAACACUGUUCGUAUGUCAGAUUCUCAACCGGGCGCUAUUAUGUAUACCGAAAAUACAGCUCAUGGUGCAAACAUUAGGCGAUUAAUUUUCGGUGCUCAUGUUGAAAAAUCGCCAGAAUUAAUUAAUAAACGGACCGACGCUAAACCAGGUGAUAUCAUAGCUAAACGUAGUGGAGCAGUUCUAUUCAAGACUGUCGACAAUCAAGGUGUAUGGAUCAGCCAUAUGAAAGCAAGCCAUGGUAGGCAAUUUAUCAAAUUGCCUUCCACAUCAGUUUUAUCACAAUGUGAAUUAGAAGGUGUAGAAGAAGUCGCACCUAAGAUGGAAUAUUAUUCAUACGGGUAUCGGCCUGAGACCUUUCAAGAAAUUUGGAUAAACCGUCAAGGCAACAUCGCUUAUAUUCAUUUCGAAUUUUAUAAUGGGGCUAUGAGUACUGAGCAAUGUUUACGUCUACGCCAAGCUAUACACCGCUGUAGCCAAGAUCAAUUGAUUAAUACAAUUGUAUUAUGUGGUGGCUACAAUUUCUUCUCCAAUGGUAUUAACCUGAAUACCAUUGAAGCCUCUAAAGAUCCUGCAUUAGAAUCAUGGCGAAACAUUAAUGCAAUCGAUGAUGUAGUUAAAGAGAUUUUCUCUAUUCGUGAUAAAGUUGUCAUAUCAGCUAUGCAAGGUAACGCCGGAGCAGGUGGUGUUAUGAUGGCAUUAGCUGCUGACUUGGUUUGGUCGCAUGAUGCUGUCAUCCUUAACCCGCACUAUAAAUCGAUGGGGUUAUUCGGUUCUGAAUAUUAUACCUAUUUCUUACCUAAACGUGUCGGCCAAGAGAGAGCUAGACAAAUUACUAAUAAUGUCGUGCCAAUGUUAGCGCGUCAAGCUGUUAAAAUAGGCAUGUUUGAUAAACUAAUUGCUAAAGAUCAUGAUCAUUUCGAUCAAAUGUUAAGUGUUGAAGCCAAUAAGUUAACACAAGAUGAUGAACAGGUGCAAAGUAUAUUGGAUAAGAAGAGGAAAUUAAUGACUGAUGAUUGGUUUCAAUUAUUGCAUGACCAUCGAAAUUACGAAUUGGAUCAGAUGCAACAAUGCUUUCAGACUGAAGAGUAUAUUCAAGCACGUCAAAAGUUUGUUUAUCAUUAA